AUGGAGUACGACGCGGAGGCGGACUACUACUACGGCGAGGAGGGCAACGAGACGGGCGAGGGGUGUGAGGGGCAGGCGGACUGGGAGGCGUCCUUCUCGCUCCUGCCCGCGCUCUACACGCUCGUCUUCGUGCUGGGGCUCGCGGGCAACGGGCUGGUGCUGCUGACGGUGUGGCGCAGCCCGCGGGCCAAGCGCCGCUCCGCCGACGCCUACAUCGGCAACCUGGCGCUGGCCGACCUGGCCUUCGUGGCCACGCUGCCGCUGUGGGCCGCCUACACGGCGCUGCGCUUCCACUGGCCCUUCGGCGCGGCGCUCUGCAAGCUCAGCAGCUACCUGGUGCUGCUCAACAUGUUCGCCUCCGCCUUCUGCCUGGGCGGGCUCAGCGCCGAGCGCUACCGCGCCGUGGCCCGCGCCGCCCCUCCGCCGCCGUCCCGCCGCCCGGCCGCCGCCGCGCUGGGCCCGCUGGCGGCUCUCUGGGCGGCGGCGGCGGCGGCGGCGCUGCCGGCGCUGCUGCUGCGCGAGGCGCGCCGCGGGCCGCGCAACCGCACGCUGUGCGACGUGGCGGCGGGCGGCGCGCCGGGGCGGGCGGCGGCGCUCAGCCUGGCCACCACGGCGCUGGGCUUCGGCGCGCCGCUGCUCCUCAUGGCCGUGUGCUACUGCCGCCUGGGCGCCGCCGUGCGCCGGCACCUGCGCCCGCGGCGCGCCGAGGCGGCGGCGCGCCGGCGCCUGCUGCGCCUCGUCGCGGCCCUCGUGGCCGUCUUCGCCGGCUGCUGGCUGCCCUUCCACCUGCUCAAGAGCCUCUUCGUGCUGGCCGCCGCCGGGCUGCUGGAGCUGCCGUGCGCGCUGCUCGGCCUCAUCGCCCGCCUGCACCCUUACGCCACCUGCCUCGCCUACCUCAACAGCUGCCUCAACCCGCUGCUCUACGCCUUCCUCGACGGGCGCUUCCGCGCCCAGUGCCGCCUGCUGCUGGGGCCGCGCGGGCCGCGCCGCCCGCCCGCCGCCUCCGCGCUCAGCGGUGCCACGCAGCGCUCCGAGCUGCCCUCGGCCGGCACCAAGGUGUAG